CACCACAGUGUGCCUGUUAGAACGCUCCAGGCCACAUUCAUCGUAGGUUUUUGGUGGAACGAUUCAGAACGAGGCUCUAAUAUGGCCACUAGACAAAUCUCGUGUUUCUCCCAUAUGUGCUUUUUUCUGUUACUUCUGUUUAAAGCGCUACAACCGGUUCUCGCUGCCCGCCCGUUACUUGUGUUUUUGCUCGACGGCUUUCGUUAUGACUAUAUAGAUGAACUACAUAAACUUCCGGGGUUUUGCGAGCUCGUGGAGAGAGGAGUGAAAGUGGACUACAUGACUCCAGAUUUUCCGAGUCUGUCGUACCCAAAUUACUAUUCCUUAAUGACAGGCCGUCACUGUGAGACCCAUCAGAUGAUUGGAAAUUACAUGUGGGAUGAAGUCUUAGACAAAGAGUUCCUUAUUGGAACCAAUUCUGAUAGUCGGUUGCCUCUUUGGUGGAAUGGAUCAGAACCUCUCUGGGUCACCAUGCAAAACCUGGGAAAGAAAGUUUUCAUGUACUUCUGGCCUGGCUGUGAAGUGGAAAUUCUGAAUGUCCGUCCAGCGUUCUGUAAAGAAUACGUUAACAGUCCAUCAAAAGAAGAUCUUAUAGAUUCAAUAACCAGUUCACUUGCUGCCUUGAGUUCAGGAAAAGCAGACAUGGCAGCUGUUUACUAUGAGAAAAUAGAUGUGGAAGGACAUCACUUUGGUCCAGAGUCUCCUCAGGUGAAAACAGCUGUGCAACACCUUGAUCUCACCAUGCAGAUUCUGAACCAAAAAAUCAAGGACAGCAACCUGGAGAAUCAGCUAAAUGUCAUGUUAUUUUCAGACCACGGUAUGACAAAGAUCCAGUGGAUGGAGAAGGUGAUAGAACUGGACAAAUAUAUAGACAUGUCAGACAUUGUGAAGAUAAUGGAUAGAGGACCAGUAGUAAGCCUGUGGCCUAAAAAUACAACAUACCAAAAGGUCUAUGCUGCCUUGAGCCAGGUCCACAACAUGCGUGUCUAUUCCAGGCAGGAAAUUCCUGAAAGGUUCCUUUACAAAAAAGGGAACUUUGUUUCCUCUCUCACUUUGGUUGCUGAACCAGGCUGGUUUAUCACUAAGAACAAGACAACAUUACCCUACUGGAAAAACGACUCAGGAGAGGCAUCAGCUUGGCAAAAUGGCUGGCAUGGGUAUGAUAACGAGUUCCUUGACAUGAGAGGCUUUUUCUUGGCGGUGGGACCAGACUUCAAGAAGAAUGUUCGAGCAGCUCCAAUUAGAGCAGUGGAUGUCUACAACCUGAUGUGCUGGACUUUAGGUGUACAUCCUUUGCCUAAUAAUGGAUCUUGGUCUCGAGUUGAGUACCUACUAAAUGGCUUUGAAAAUCCAUUACAGUCUGGAAUGCUUUGGACCUUCAGUAUGGGUUUGCUGGGAGUACUGUUAGAAUUUUACUAGGACUUGCAAAUUAAUUAUCAUGUAUUGAUUUUAGUUGUAAUGAUCUGCUGUGGACAAGAAGAAUUACAAAUAUAGUUACACUUAUAUGUCUGACAAGUACAUAUAAGUACUUGUCAGACAUAUAAAUAUAUGUAAAUAUCUGACUAUACUGUAAUUGUACUUUUAACUUAUGUUUCAGUUUACUUCUGUUUUUAUUUUGAUUAAUUUUUAGAUUGAUAAAUACUAUGCAUUAUAUAAUUUUGAUUUGUAUUGUUGUUGGUCAAUGUUUCUUCCCCUGUUAUUUUUUUUUAUCUAAGAACAUUGUUUUUAGUUUCCAUAAAUUAAUGGACUAAUUAUAUAUAUAAAAAAACUGUAACAUAGAGAACAUAUGGUUGACCAAAACCAUAUGUUCAUAAAGAGAACAUAUGGUUGGCCAAAACUCAAGCAACAAAAAUGUUUUCCAAAAAACUGAAUAACUUCAUGUAAAAAUGACCUCAGUGUGUUGCUCUCACAUUUAGAGAUUAUUUUGUGACCCUUCUAUGAGAAUCUGCAGGGAACCAUGUGGAACUGAACUGAAAACAGAGGUGCAGUUUUGAAAAUUAACAAAUAGAUAAUGGACAAGUUUUGUCAGCAAAGCUGAAAUUUGUUGACUGUUACAAAACCAUUAAUAGGUCCAAAUUUGAUAUAGGUUAUAAGACUGAGAGGAAAAGGGGAAAAAAACAUUAUAAAAACAAUUUGAUGGCACCCUGUGAUUCCAGUCUGAAUCACAUGGUGCUCUGUUCCACAUUUGACUGCUUUUUGUUUUAUAACGUACUGUACAUUUUUUUUAGAAACACAGUAUUUUGGGGUAUGUUCCCUUGAGCGUCAAUUGUAGGUUGACAACAACCUGUAUGCUGUUCAUAAACUGCUGAGGUGUG